AUGACAUCUGCACAGUUUGUCCUCUAUCUUACGUGUUUGUUCUUGGGGAAAAUGGCCCAAAUGACUGAGGUGAAAUUCUCUUCAUCUGUUCGUCAAGAUACACGUUUUAUAUCAGUUAAAACUGGAGACAACUUGACUUUGCACUGUUUCCGUGAAGAUGAUGUUGCUUCAAGGUAUUACUGGUAUAAACAGACUCUGGGCCAAAAACUAAGACUCAUCUCUUCCUUCUACAAGUUUGACAAAAAUGGAACUUUUCAUGAUGAAUUCAAGAAAGACACACGCCUCACACUGGAUACUGGAGUCGGUAAAAAUCAUUUGAAGAUAACAGAUCUGCAUAUUUCAGACUCAGCCACUUACUACUGUGCAAGUAGUUAUUCAUACAAGUUUGUAUUUGCAGAGGGCACUACUGUCAGUGUAAAGGAUUUAGGUUUGAACAUCCAGGCUUUGGUCCAUCAGUCAGAAUCUGAGACCAUCCAGCCAGGAGGCUCUGUGACUCUCAACUGUAUAGUACACACUGAGACCUGUGAUGGAGAACACAGUGUUUACUGGUUCAAAAGCUCUGAAGAAUCUCAUCCAGGACUCAUUUACACCCAUGGAGACAGGAAUGAUCAGUGUGAGAGGAAACACAACACACAAACACACACCUGUGUCUACAACUUGCCAAUGAAAAACCUGAGUCUUUCUCAUGCUGGGACCUACUACUGUGCUGUUGCCUCAUGUGGACACAUACUGUUUGGAUAUGGCACCAAGCUGGACAUUGAGGUUGAAGGAGGCUCUCUUGUCUUGGUGUAUUUCUUGAGUGGAGCUUUGGCAUUUACCACCAUCCUGAGUGUUUUACUGACUUUCUUAAUAUGUUUCAUCAACAAGAGAGACAGCUGCAAAUGUGCAGAGUCUCAUGCAAGAUCACCAGCCCCCUCUACAAUGAAUACAGAGGCUCAGGAAAAUGAAGAAAACAUCCAUUACGCAGCUUUAAGGGAACACAGGGUCGACAGGUCUAGAAGACAGAGGAACAACACCGAGGCUGACUGCGUGUACUCAAGAAUAAAGCUGUAGAGCUGUUUCUUUGUAACAAGACACACCUUUUAUCCGUGUUUCUAAGCAGCCUUAAAAGACACUGAGGUUGUGAUAUCAAUAUUUUCUACUUGUGACUAUGCUUCUUUAGAUAUAAUUUACUGUUUUUGUUGAAUCAUGUUAAACUUUGUCACUGGGGCAGAAAAAUCAAGAGUCUGACACAAACGGUGACUGUGUUUGAUAAAAGAAGAGAGGAAACAGAGGAAGAGAGAGUAGUAUGACAGAGAAAGCUACAGUAUGAUAUGGUAUAAGGUAUGACAGAUAAAGCAGGUACAGCACUACAAAAUCAUAAAUCUUAAGGAAACUGACAGCCAAGACAAACAACGUUUUCAGAGUCACCUGCCUAUAGACAUAUCAACUAAAUAGGAUAAGAGCUUAUACAUAAGAGCUUUUCUGCCUGCUCUGUUCAAUGGAUUGAAGCAGGCGGGGCUCAGUUGGAAAAAAAAUAUGUAUCUGUGCAUUAAUCUGAAUUUUGCAAUAUCUGAAUCAGAGUCUGACAGUAGUUGUUGGGUUGUUUGCUCAUACUGUCAGGACACUGUUGAUCAAAUGUGAUCAAACCACUCCCACAAAAUCCUGAUGAAACAGAUCAGCUGUUUGUGUGUGCUAAACUCCUCAUGAUAACACCUAAGGAUAUAAUCUUCUGAAUUCUAACUUUGAUAGUUGCUUAUAAAUGUUACAUCCUAUAGAGAUGAUGGGCUUUAUAUACGGUGUGAUAACUUUGCAUAGUUUGAAUUUUGUGCAGUAGUAAUAAAUAUGGGUGAAGUAUGAGCAAAACCUUCUGCCUGUGAGCCUUACUUUAUUUACCAGGUUUUACAUAAAACCCUCAGGCAGGUAAUGAGUUCAUUUCAUCUACUGUAUGUGCUGAGAAGAGAUGAGGUGCACCCCCACCCUUCCAGCCAGUGACUAUGACCUCAACUCUGUGUCACUUUAAAAAACGUAUCUUGCUGUUAUUCUUGCCAUUGUGGUGGAAGUGACUUCAGUUGAUACAAUACAAUGUGAAAGAAAAAUCAAAACUGACUACAGCCAUGCUAGCAGCUGUGUACUUAAGGCCAACUGGUGUGCUGCUAACACUGGCAGCUAACAUGCUAACAGUGAAAAUGUUUAACAGGUAUAAUGAUGACCACUGUCUCCAUCUUAGUGUAGCGUUUUAGACAAAUCACCUGUUUGUCACACAACAAACAGAACACCUGAGGUAGAGAAGUACAUUUUCCUCUGUGUGAUAAAAAGCACUGCAGCUGUUUCUAACUCAGUGUUUGA